AUGUGUGUCUACCGUGGAAUCCUGAUCAAGUGCUUCGGCACCAAGGCCAAAGAGUGCCACAAGUUCGUCUACGAAGUCACCGAGCUGACAGAAUGUGCCAACCCUGAUCCAGCUAACCCAACGGAGUGCAAGAACAGCCCGCACUUUAAGAAGUACCUCAAGGUUUUGGAGGCGUCCGCCCCGCUGGGCGGCAUUUGCGAGUCUUGCUUUUAUGAGCAAGAAGAGGAGUCCAACGGCUCAUAUCCCUUGGGCGGCUUCACUGGCAAUGAUGAGCGUGACGAGGAGCUGGCUAACUUCUUCCGCUCGCCCCUGAAUACGCAUGCCUACACUGGUAAGUACGGUCCCAUCACCCUUCAAGACCUGGCGGCGGCUGCUCUGGCUCGCUCCACGGGCUGGGAGAUUGCCACUCUUCACGGCGGCGCCGAGGGUAUCCAGCUGGACGCCGAAUUUGUUGUAGUCGACUUGCCCUCUGAAGACAGCGAUUAUGAUAUGGUUGACGCUGUGGAGGCUCGCGAGGGUCAGACUGGGGGUUGA